CGCCUCCAACCGACUGCUUAUUACUUCUCCUCUUGCUCACCACUUCUGCUUUUCUCCCCGUUCCCUUUCUUUCUUUUCCUUCAUCACCAUUCCAUCUCGUCCACUCCUACUCCCUCCUUACCCUCCUCCUGCAACUCCCCCGUCGUCUCAACGGCGAGUCACCUUCUCACGACCGACCAAAGCCGAGCUCGACUUCCGAACACACCACAUUCUACGUCACCUCACACGAGCGCCUUACCGCUCAUCUGACGAGAUCACACACAAACACACACACACAUAUAACACCACUACACCGACAACCACCCAUCAUGCCUCAGAAGAAGAUCCGCUGCACCUUCAAGGAGUGCAAGGACGCAGCCCAGCGCAUCGUCGGCGACUGCGGUUUCUGCAACGGCCAUUUCUGCGGCAAGCACCGCCUCCUCGAAGACCACAAGUGCUCCGGUUUGGAAGACUGCAAGAAGCAGUCGCACGAGCGCAACGCCGCCCAGCUCGAGUCUGAGCGCACGCAGGUCAUCCGUGGAGUAUAGUCGCACCUUCAGCUAUCACGAGACCACAAUCUUCCCAUCGCAAGCACGAGUGGUUUACACCGCACUUUCUACGUUUUCGUCCAAGAUGCAGCGAGUCUCGACUUUCGCACAUCUUGUCACGGCUCGGAUUACGCCAGCAGCGACAAUGCAUACCGACAGACGCGAGACGGACUCAUAAUUGCACGUCCCCUUUCACACUUUGGGACCUCUGCACGAUGCGAAGGCUUCCCCUUAUUACACAGUUUCAGCGGCAUUUUAUAAGGUGCAGCCACAGCAAGCGGUAUCAGCAAUGGAUGGUGGCAAGCGCUCCUGUGUAAUUUCUUCCCAUCGUUGUCGAUACACGGAGCGACUCGUCGUCCCCGAAAGUUCUACAACCAACCAAGGGUUAUCAUGUUUCAAGCUUUUUAAGGAUAUUGUUUUAGGCUUUCUUACUUCCUCCCGCACGGCGUAAUGGCGUUAUUUCGGCUCAUCGAGCGGCCGCCAAAGGAAGAGAACUGGCCGCCAGAAUCAACUUUACUAUCAAAUUUCAAACCCCAUUCCACGUUCCAUAUGUUCGCUUGUCUAUUACUCUCAUUUGUGAUCAUUGAGUUUUAACUAUCUCGUAUCGGUCGCCAACGCGCCGCACGU